CCACUGGUGCCCGCGUGGUGGAGAUGUCGCUGCCUGUCCAAGUCCGCCAGCCGCUCCUUCGCCACCAUGUUCUUGGCGCUCAAUGGCGCCAUCGACGACAUGGCCGCCGAUGCGGAAAGGGUGGUGGCGGCUGCAGUUGGGGGGGCAGAUUGAGAAACUGAAUUUUUCGCGACCAAUUUAAGAAAAAAAAAAAAAAAAAAAACCGGAGGUGGCCUAAUACUUUUCGGCCUGUACUGUUCAUGUUGCAUUACGCAUUUGCAUUAAUUUGAUAUUUUUGUUUGUUAAUUUUCCAUGUAUUUCUUGCACCGUGAACAUUACAUCAGACAUAAGAAAGCUCUUUAAUGAAAACAAAAAAUGCAAAAUGACUUGAAGUGAUAUUUCAUGGCAACGCUUGCUGAACUUGGCUCCGUUGUUAUUAUCACUUGCUGCAUUAUGAGAUCAGGUAUUGAGUGAUGAUGCUUUGGUUCUGGGAAUAAACUCAUUGCAAAUAUCCAAAAAGAAUCUUAUUUCUCUCCCUUCUUUCCAUGAAGAAGUCGGUUCCCAGUAACAGCUGCAGAAGACUAUUUAAAACAGUGGGGGGAAGUACAAAAAUACAGUAUUGAGUGAGAAAGAAAGACAGUGACACUUCCCACCGCAUCCUCUGCAGGAAACAGGUUCUUUUUUUUUCUUUUGACACUUGGCUAAACUGUGAAAAUGCACUACCAAGAAGGGGGGUUCUGUGUGUGUAUAUUUCCUGUCUAAGGAAGAGGGGCCAUUUUUAAGUUUCAGUCAUUUUACGAUAAGGACAUAGUACAUCCAGAUUAACUGUAGCUGAUUUCUAAUCCUCUGUCACAUCCAACUUGUAGAUUUCUCACACUGAUCAUGAUCUCUUUCUGGGCCAUGGUCUUCUUUCUGAUCGGUGACUCUGCUUGCAGUGUCAGUAAGAUGACGGCCAAAGAGGGCUCCUGUGUGACGGUCCAAUUAACUCUGUCCAAUAUAGGGAAUUCUGGGUACAGUGUUUGGUUGAAGGACGCCGUGUGGAAUAAGGAGGCAAAGGAUUUUGAGGGCACAAUUGUGCACAGCCUCAAACCUGACAAACCCGCCGCGAGUGAAUUUAAAAACAGAGUGUCUGUGGGUUCCACUGGGGAUUUAUACAGAUUGACCAUCAGUAACCUGAGCCCGCAAGACAGCGGAAAUUACUCGGUUAGAUACUAUGAUGAAGAUGAGCCUUCUUAUAAACUGAGCAGCUCGACAAUGAGUCUUGAUGUUCAGGAGAGCCCUUGCCAGGUCAGCGUAACAGGGCCGGAGUUGGUCCAGACGGGGACGGAGGUGAUUUUGCGGUGCUCCACCGUGGGGCCCUGCCAGUACAGCCCUGAGUGGCGUAGCUCAGGGCCAGGCCUGGCCUCCAGUGAAGUCAUUGACACCCAGGGUGCGAAAACAGCCCAGCUGCGCUUCAAAGCGGACUGGUCACAUAACGGGGUGGAGUUCUCCUGUUGGCCGUCGCCGAGCAACGACGCGUGCGCCUCCAGAAACAUCACGCUGGCCGUGGAAUACGCUCCAAAGGAGGUCAGGAUAACAGCGAGCAGGACAUUGGAGGGGAUCUAUGAAGGAGCUGCAGUCAGCCUGACCUGCGAGGUCCAGAGCAGCAAUCCAAGCGUGCGGUCAUACUCCUGGUACAGAGACCGCACCGCCCUGGGUGAAACUGGCCCAGUGCUCCGUUUCCCGGCCGUACGACUCGAGGACAGAGGCUCUUACCACUGCCAAGCCUCAAACUCCGCGGGCUCGGGGGAUUCCCUGGAGGUUACGAUCACCGUUAACUAUGGACCCAGAGGCACAAAGAUUAGGGCCAGCUGUUGUCAGGGAGGGGUGAAGGCCGGCGAAAGCCUGACCCUCACCUGCGAGACUAACGCCCGUCCUGAGCCCUACGGCUACACCUGGUUCCGCACGAUUACAGAGCCUGGUGGACAGAGGGGUCCAGGAAGGAUGGUCAGGUCUGAUGGGCGAUACCUCAGAUUCUGGCACAUCAGUGCAGGCGACGCCGGGGAAUACACGUGCCAGGCUAAGAACAUCAUCAGCGCUGAAAACUCCACUGCUCUCCGUGUAGAUGUCCUGUACGGGCCUACAGGCCUCAACCUGUCCAUGGAUAGCGAGGUGAGAGAGUCCAGCCUGGUCACCAUCCACUGCUCUGUGGAGAGCUUCCCUCUGUCCGAGCUCACCCUGACCUGGGCCCCGCCCUCCUCCGAUCGCCUCUCUGACCUGUCCCGGCACCCCAAACGCCUCCAAGGAAAUUACACGGACCAGCCAACACGCACCUCUCUCGUCGCCUCCUUCAUCACGUCUGUCGAACAAGCGGGCCGGUACACCUGCCGGGCCAAAAACUCUGAGGGCCUGAAAGAAACCACAAAGGACCUGGUAGUGCACUGUAAGUGGGCGGAGUCCCGAGAUGCUAAUGUCAUGCUUGUUUCAGUUCCUUGUGCCGGGUGGCCCCGUUAGGGGUAUCUGCUGGUGCGGUCUCCCCAUCACUCUAUCAGUUUGUAACAGGCAGUCCUGACCUUGCAAGUAGUUUUGCAACUAGCAGAUAGCAACUGCUACCAGAGUAAGGGGAGAUGCUGAGUGCGAUACCCAUGUUUGAAAUAUCUGCCGAUUCAUACUUCAUAAUAAAAUAAGGGUUCACGCUCA